UCAAAAAUGGUAAUGACCAUGGCUUUACAACUUUCAGACACAAAUGUAAGGCUCAUCUAUUUGCAAUUGCUUUCCCAUAAAAACAGCCUUAAGACUCUACAUUGCUUCCCUGAACAUAACAAAUAAUGUAAUUUAAAAUGAUGUAUGCAUACUUUAACUGAACAAAAAAGAAUAAUGAAGAGUGGAGAAUACAGUAUUUCAGAUGAACUGUUUAUGUAGUUUUGUUAGUGCCAGGAUAUCAUGGUGAUAUCAGAUAAACUGUUACAGAUUUUUACACAGAAGAUUAACCUAGCAUAUUCUUUGCCACAGUGAAAUAUGAAAAACACAGGAAGACUUUUAACAAAUAAAGAAUCAUGUAUCACAAACUAUAAUAAUAAUCUGGAGACAAAAGGAAACCCAAAGAUGAACAUCUGUACCAAACACACUAGAGACAUUAAAACUGAAAGUAAUUUCUACUUCAGCGUGCACCAUACAAAGAAGUAUAAGAAAGAUACUUCCUCAAAUUAUUAACUAUAGUAUGACAUUUUCCUAUUAAAAUAGGAGACAAAACCCAAGCAUAAUUCUGAACAAAAAGAAAUGGCAUUUGGUAGAAAUAGUAUCACAAUAUAUGAACUUCAACCAGUAAAACCAAAUUCCAACACAGUUAUUUAAACUGGGCUCAAUUUCGCAAUCUGUUAGGUGCAUAUGUGCAAUAUUGGAAUUGCACCUGUGUAACAGAGGAAAGAACAGAACACAGUCUUCCCAUGUAACAUUUUCUGCAUUUUCAGUUGGAUGCAGUAUGCGUCAUUUCACUAAAUAUUCCUUGCAGCUGCUUAUAAGCCAUCCAGAAAAGGGGAGGAGGCGCUACAGACAAAUAUUUCUUUCCAGUGUCUCAAAGACUAGUCUUAACAACUAUAGUGAGGUGAUUACUGUUCUUUAUGGGGUAUCUGAUUGAUCACAUCCAGACGCAAAGUGUGGAAUAAAAGUUUUGUCUGACAAGAUGUGCAGUGGAAAAGGUAAACCUUUGGUACUUACUGGAUUUAUCCUCAUCAGUCUUGAAAUGAUUGUUUCAGCUAACACAGGUUUCUCUAUAUUCAUAUAUAAUGUGACAUCAAGAAACAUUUAUCUCAGAUGGUCCAAGUUUUCAGGAGCCGUUUCCUACAGAAUCACAGCAACCCCCAGGAACACAGUAGGCCACUCUUUGUUGGCACAUUUCAGUGAUGUUCCUGUUAUAGGCAUUCUUACUUCACUAACUCCCAACAAUGUCCACACUGUAAAAGUGGAAGCCAUUGAUAAGAAUGGAAUUAUCCUGGCGGAAGCACAGACUAAGCAGUUAACAGCUCCUGAGAUACCUGUUAUUGACCAAGCUUAUUCAAAACUGAGCAACAGUAUCACAGUGGAAUGGGUAGCUGUUCCUGGGGCUACCAGUUAUCUACUGACUGCACAGGAUGGAGAUUCUUCCAUUGAAACUAUAGUCAUAAAUUCACCAGGCACAGUGACAGGAUUGAAGGCUGCUACACUGUACAAAAUCACCAUCAGAUCUAUAAACUCUGGAGGAAGAAGCCUACCUUCACCUUCAAAGACGGCAAAGACAGUCUUGGCUGCUCCGGUCCUGUCUGUAAGUUCUCCAAGUUACGACUCCAUAGUGGUGAGCUGGGGAACUGUAUAUAUGGCAGCUGGAUUUUCUGUGUCCAUCAUGAGAUCAGAUGGUUUAGGCAGUAUGAUGAAAGAGAACACCACCCAUACUUCCUUGGUAUUUACCAGUCUAGAUCCUGGAACUCUCUAUACCAUCAAGGCACAUGCCUGGAAUGUUAAUGGAAUACCUGGAGAUGAUUUCACGUACAACCAAAUAACAAGUCCUCGUGCACCAUCAGAUGUUCAAGUUGCUUUUGAUAGUGGAACUUUGAGGGCCACUGUUUCUUGGAUACCGACAGAGGGAACUUUAAAUUACAGUGUGACAGCCUGCAGUGAAGCCUCCAAACUGAACUGUAGCACAUCUUCCACUUCCUGCCCUUUGUCUUCACUCCAGUGUGGAUCUGAGUACUCUGUUUAUGUUGUAGCCAAUAACAGUGCUGGAUCCAGUAAACCUACAGAUGCAGUGAGUUUAAAAACUGUUCCUUGUGCACCAAGAAGUAUAACAAUAGAAGAGGACAACCCUGGUAAAUUGUCAGUGUCAUGGUCUAAUGUAGAUCUUGGAGAUUAUUAUGUGGUUUUUGUGAAAAGCGACGACGGCUUGGAAGUGCACUGCAACACAUCCCAUACCCAAUGCCACUUCCAAUCAGAUUGUGGUUUCACCUACUUCAUUAGUGUCUUCGCAUAUAACAAGGCAGGACAGAGUCCUUUAGGGGAUAUAUUCAAUUAUACGACUUCACCUUGUUGCCCCAGUGACUUUUACCCAGUGUUUGUGUCCAGCGAUACAGUUGAAAUUGUCUGGUCUCCUGUCCGUGGUGCUGAAAUGUAUGAAACAAAAGCUGUUGAUGGGGUUGGUGUAGUAUUGUGUCAUGACACUGCCACAAUUUGCAUCCUGUCUGCAUUGCAGUGUAACACCCAGUAUAACAUCACUGUAUAUUCUUACAGUGAAAUCAGGGGCACCAAUACAUCAUGUGUAUCUAAAUAUGUGGCAACAGCUCCAUGCAGUCCGGAAAUAAAAAACAUCUCACAGGAUGAUCUUUCCAUAAUUCGUGUGCACUGGCAGGCCAAUAAUGAUGAUGCUGUAUACACUGUUACUGCUAGAGGAGAGGUUGGAUUGUGGCAUUGCACAAGUUCUGGAAAUUCCUGUAGCAUAACUGGUCUUCCCUGUGGAUCAGUUUUCUCUGUUAGCGCUGUGGCAAUUACAACAGCAGGGCAGAGCUUACCUAGUUACAGUGUUCCUUUAGAGACAGCUCCUUGUUGCCCUAAUGAUCUGACAGUAACUCAAGUGAUGCAGUCUAUAACAAAUAUCAGCUGGUCUGUUGGGGCUGGUGCAAGGACAUACAUAACAAUACUGGAAUCACCGAAAGGACAAGCCAAGUGCCACACUCUCCAAAACCACUGUCUCCUGGGAUGCAUUACAUGUGGCACCAACUAUACAGUGUCUCUGAAAGUGAUUACUGAAACUGGUUUGGCCUCAUACUGCACAUAUCAAGGCUAUUCUUCCAGCGCUUGCUGUCCUUCUGGGGUGAAAUUAUAUAGACUGGGCAACAAUGGUAUCCGAAUAUACUGGCAAGCUUCUGCAGGGUUGAUAAGUACAGAUCUAUAUGGAUCAAAAGGCAAUUUCACCUGUACCCCUACUUCAGGUUUGAGUUAUUGUGAUGUCACUGAGAUACCUUGUGGGGAUGUCUAUACAGUGGUAGUUUCUCCAGUUCCUGUGAAAGGAUCAAAGCUUACAUUUUGCCCUAAAAAAAUAUAUUCAGUGACCUGCUCUGGAAGUUCUGUUGGAAUGGGUACGAGAAUGCUGUCAGUAUUUCACCUUCAUGAAUAUGGUGGUUCUAGUGAGAUAUGUUUCUCUUAGAAUGAA